AUGCACCGUAGCGACAGCUGCAACCAUGCACCGUAGCGACAGCUGCAACCUCCUGCAGCAUGCUUUCCGGCUGCCCCGCGCCCUCAAGGGUUUGAAAAAACGAUCGCUGCCCGGGGGCAGCUGCUUUCUUCCCAUGGGACGUUGGACGGCCGGGGCUGCCGUCGCCGCCUGCGUCCUGGCGGGCUGCCGCGGCGGUCCGCUCGAGGCGGAGCGGCUCCACGCCUGGGUGACGGCGUCGUGGACUUCCGGCCGCGGCGUCGUUUCGAACAAUGAACUGCCGGCGGCCGGAGCCGUCGCCGUCGAGUUCGUGCCCGCGCCGAAGCCGCUCGCCAAGGAACUUUUUGAUGCGGACCGGCCCGCCAUGCCCGAGCGCAUCCGGACGGUUUUAUAUAGGGACUGGGAGCGCCGCGAUCCUGGAGCAACGGAGGCGAUCCGACGGAUACGCAGCAAGCCGGCCUUCGUCGAGUUUCCGCAUGCCAGAGAUACCUUCGCGAACCACCUCGAGUCGACCUACGCUAUAUUACAAGCCUGGGACCAGCCUCCUCGAGUGUGCCGCACUGGAUUAGUCCACACGGCCUACUCCGGUGAUUUGUUUUCGUUUUUUGCCUUCGACGCCGCCUUGUCGUCCGAGCGUUCGAGGCUCGCGGCGCUGAUCGGCGAGGAAGCGGAGCCGCUCGUGCAUCUGUUUGGCACGGUGGCGAGACACGAGUUCGUCGGGCUAGGUAGGAUGAUGGCCAACCGGACGAUCGAUGCCGAGGAUUUGGCGGGUCCCGUCCUGGCGCGGUCGCGCCUCGGCCCCGACGUCGAGCUAGACGCGACGGUCGUCGCCGAACUCAUCGUAAUCACGCUCGCGGACUAUCUGGACCAGACGCUGGAGGUGAACGGCUGGCGCGACCACCACAUGGUCGACCCGCUGGACACGCCACUCUUCCCGGGCGCCGGGCGGCCCGAGGUCUGCCUGUUCUGGAUGGCCGCGGCGUGUCGCGCCGUGAAGGAUUUCUUGGAAGUCGUGCCGCCCAUUUUUGAUUCGUGCACGGCGACGCUGACGUCUCGGGACGAGGAACGCGCGAGGGACCUGUACUGGGCCGUCGUGCAGAACCGCACCGAGCUGAGCGACGCACAAGCAGGCGCCAUGCUUACCGAGGCCGCGGCCCUGAACCCCCACAUCGGCGAGGUCGACGCGUUGGCCGCGCAGCUGCACUUCCGCAACCAGCGGUUCCGCAAAGCGAAGCGGCUCGCGGCGAGCGCGUUGCGCAAGCUCUACGCCAUGGGCGCGACCUGGGACAAGCGCCUGUCCUACGAAGCGUGGGUCGGCUUCUGUCGAUUAUUGGUGGUGCGGUCCGAGGCCGGGGGCGGCCUCCCGCGCGCGCCCGGCGCCCACAACGUCAACGACCUCGGCGCGCGCCUCGUGCCCAUCGACAUGGCCGUGGAGCUCAUGCCGUGAUGAAAUUCCCCUCCUCUCUCGCUUAUCUCUCCCUGACCGCGCUCCGUCGGGUCGCGUGCAAACGCGGACUCGCAUGGCGCCCCGGCCGAUCGACAUCGGAAGACACAUACUCCUUUUUUUGAACAUCGCAUCGUGUAGCAUCGUAACAUCGAAACCACCCGA